GUUCCUGGUUACGCUUUCAGGGCUUGGGCCAUUGAUGAUUUCGAUAUAUUAGCAUAGGUCUGAAUAGUAUCAAAAACAGUUUAUUCAGAUAUAAAACAAGACAAGUUCAACAUGUUUGGCCUAGGUUAGUGAAGAUGACAAGGAUCAAUACAGUUUAUUGUAAUAUGACGGCUAGUUUGGCGUUUUAUUUUACAGAAUAAGUUAUGUCUUUGAACGAUCAACGAUCGUCCACUCCACCUCUGCCGGCCAAGCGUGAAUUGUUGAGGAUUAGCGCUCAAGUUAUGCGACGAGAGGACGCGACAAACCUAUGGAAACCUCUUGGCGGAACGAACAUGUGCUCCGUCGCAAUAAAACCGACUUCAAGCUAUGAAUAUGUCAUAAUUGGGGAGGUUGAAGGAAAAAUGGUGCUUCGCUGUCCUAUUCGCAAAGAUCUGCAAUACUGUAAACCUAUGCCUACAUUUCAUCAUUGGUGCUCAGAGAAACAACGCUUCGGUUUAACAUUUCAAAGUGUUACCGACGCUGUAGCGUUCGAUAAAUGUUUAUCAGGGGCGAUAGACAAGCUUAUAGAUGAUAAACUUCCGACAGACACAGACGAUGGCGAAGUCUUCGUAGCUGUAGAACUCCCUUUAGGUCCUUAUAAAAAGGAAUCUCCUGCAAAGAGUGCUCCCUCUCGUCUUGCUUCACCUUUAAGUGAUUGUCCUAUUUCAAGUUCAGCUUCUCACUUGGAGAGGAUACAUUACGUCCGUAGAACCCCACCACCACAGCCAUCACCGAAAGGAACACAUGCUCUAUCUUUUGAGAUGACUGAAUAUUCUUACGUCCAUCUUGCACCUUCCUCGUGCAAAUCAACGACUAUUGACGCUUCCAGACGAAAAUUAACUAUACAAUUAGAUGGUAAAAAUGCAGUCCGAUGUACAUAUUGCAAAGAGUAUUUUAAUCCUAACAAUAAUACCCCUUGUCGUCGAUAUCCGGAGCCAAAAUGUAUUAGACAAGCAACAUGUCUAUGCUGUGCCGAUUGUCUGAUAUGUCGUCUAAAAGUAGUCGGAUGGAAAAAGUGGUGUUUAAUAACAGUACUAGCGUUCUUUCUACCUUGCAUUUGCUGUUACCCUAUCUUAUCACUUUCAUACCGUUGUUCUAUGUGUUCACGGAAAAUGCACAAACCUUCAAAUCUACUAUCAAGUAAGGCAGAAUUCGCGGAGGAUUAA